AUGGAAUCUCUCUCAGUGUCAACCAACAGCUUCACUCUGGACCUUUACAAAAAGCUGAAUGAAACUUCCAAAGGCCAAAACAUUUUCUUUUCUCCUUGGAGUAUUGCAACUGCUCUUGCCAUGGUCCACCUGGGUGCAAAAGGUGACACUGCAAGCCAGAUGGCUGAGGUUCUUCAUUUUAACCAGACUGCAAGAGAAGAAGGUUCAUCUGAGACAACAAGGCCUUCUCCUGCAAGACCAAAGAAAAGAAAGAUGGAUCCUGAGCAUGAGGGAGCAGAAAACAUUCACUCUGGCUUCAAAAAGCUCCUGUCUGACAUCAACAAACGUAAAAGCACUUACUUGCUGAAGAGUGCCAACCGACUGUAUGAAGAAAAGACCUACCCAUUACUGCCUAAGUUCUUACAACUCCUUACAAGCUAUUACAAUGCAAAGCCACAAGCUGUAAACUUUAAGAGAGCUGCAGAACAAGUCAGAACACAGAUCAAUUCAUGGGUAGAAAAUAAAACUGAGAGGAAAAUACAGAGUCUGCUGCCUGCAGGAUCACUCCAUUCUCGCACUGUGCUGGUCUUAGUAAAUGCCAUUUAUUUCAAAGGAAAGUGGGAGAAGAAAUUUCUGGAGAAAAAUACUUCUGAGAUGCCCUUCAGAAUAAGCAAGACCAAGACUAAACCUGUACACAUGAUGUUUUUGAAAGAUACAUUUUUCAUACUCCAUGAAACCACCAUGAAAUUCAAAAUCAUUGAGCUGCCAUAUGUGGAAAAUGAACUCAGCAUGUUCCUUCUCCUUCCAGAUGACAUCAAUGAUAACACUUCUGGCCUGGAGCUGGUGGAAAGAGAGCUGACAUAUGAGAAACUGUCUGAAUGGACCAAAUCAGACAAUAUGAUGAAAGCUGAAGUGGAUCUAUACCUGCCCAAGUUGAAGUUGGAAGAAAAUUAUGACCUUAAAUCCCCUCUGAGCAGCAUGGGGAUACGAAACGCUUUUAACCCAGGUCAGGCUGAUUUCACAGGAAUGUCAGUGAAGAAGGAUCUUUUCAUCUCAGAAGUUAUUCACAAAGCUUUUGUGGAGGUCAAUGAAGAAGGUACAGAGGCAGCAGCUGCCACAGGUGUCUUGAUGAUGAGAUCAAGAAUCCCAACAAUGACUUUCAAAGUGGACCACCCUUUUAUCUUCUUUAUCAGACACAACAAAUCACAAACCAUCCUCUUCUUUGGCAGGUUUUGCUCACCCUAG